CACCGGCGGCGCCACACACGGCCGCCUGCGUCCGCGGCUGCGAGCCCGAGCGAGCAAGUCGGCCUGCGGACCCCGCGCCGCGCGGGCUCGGGGACGAGGACCCUCUCCACCGCCGACUCCGACGACAGGGGCCGCGGAAGGAGGUGGACGGAGGAAAAGCGCGAGCGGUGCCGGAUGGAGACGUCAUCAGAGCGCACCGGAAGCGGCCCCAGAAUGAGGAGUGUAAUCUACCACGCCCUCUCCCAGAAAGAGGCCAAGGAGCUGGAUGUCCAGCGCCCGGGAGCCCAGCGCGCCGAGGCCUUCCUGCAGGCCUUCCUGCGGCGCUGCACGCCCCACAUGAGCCAGCGUGCCCGCGAGGACCAGCUGCAGCGCAAGGCCGUGGUGCUGGAGUACUUCACCCGCCGGAGGGGCAGGGAGCCGAGGAGGCGGGCCCGGGGCCUGUCCGCGCGGCAGAGGAGGGCGCUGCGGCUCUUCGACAUCAAGCCGGAGCAGCAGAGAUACGACCUCUUUCUCCCCCUGCACGAGCUCUGGAAACAGUACAUCCGGGACCUGUGCAAUGGCCUCAGGCCAGACACGCAGCCCCAGGCGAUCCAGGCCAAGCUGUUGAAGGCAGAUCUCCAUGGCGCCAUUGUUUCAGUCACGAAAUCCAAGUGCCCCUCCUACGUGGGUGUCACAGGGAUCCUCCUGCAGGAAACAAAGCACGUUUUCAAAAUCAUCACCAAAGAAGACCGCCUGAAAGUGAUCCCCAAGCUGGGCUGUGUGUUCUCCGUGGAAACCGACGGCUUCGUUUCCUACAUUCACGGGAGCAAAUUCCAGCUCCGGUCGAGCGAGCGGUCCGCCAAGAAGUUCAAAGCGAAGGGAACUGUGGACCUGUGAGCGCUGCGGCCCACGGGGUCACGGCCGAGAGGAGCGCCGGCCCGAGCCCAGCUCCUAGGAGACGGCAGGCGCUUCCGGGGAGACCACCCCGGUCGGUAGGACACCUGGGAAGAAACGCCUGGUGUCGGGGAGCAGGGUGCACA